UCCUAUUAAGCAACAACAUGAGAGUAAAUGAAUUUGGGCUGAACUAUUGUUUUAAAUUGACUAGUGAGAGUGUGAAAGGUAGUUUUUCUAAAAGUUCAAUGAGCCCAUAGUUGAAGAGACACUCAUAAACAUACAUACAGAUUUCAAACUUUUGUUCUUUAAAAUUAGUACUUUUUAAUAUAAAUCUUCUAUUGAGGGUCAUGGAAUGAAUGGAUGUGAUUUGUGGAGUUUUUCAGGGGUAUGACAGCAGUCGUGGGUGGGGGAGUGAGGGGUAAUUUUAACUAUGAGCAAGAGCUUUAGAGAGAGAGAGAGAGGCUGUGCCGUACGGGUGAGCGGCGGGGUCCGUUAGCAGGGCUUUUCUUUGCGUUCGGGGAUCUUGGCUCGCAGCCCAGCUGGCGUUUUUGUAAUCAAGGCAUGAUUCAGGACUCCAUGCGCUUCUUCCCCGAGCCGCGUCGGCUGCCUGCCGUUUGGAAGGGUCCCAGAUUUCCCUGCUGACAUGAACAGAGCUGUGAGUGCCACUGUUUCUCAUUCUUCCACUAGCUUUUUCUCACUCCCACUCUUUCGUACACAUCUUUGCUCUUCUCCGGAUCCCGCUCGUUUCUUUUGCAGCAGUCUGGAUGAGGAUGGUAGCUGCAACUAAGCUUGCCGUCAGAUGUGCGUUUGUCUUACGCUCCCCAGAAGAACGAGGCCUGGGUUUGGGUACGAGAGCGUCCGUCAGCUGACAGCUAGAGCCGCUGUGUUGGGCUAUUUGACAUGUGAUCGUACGGAUGAGUGGGAAGCGCAGGAAGCGGCCGCUGGAAUGUUCCCUGUCCUUUUGCGGCACUGAUGAUUCACGUUGACUCGUGUUGCGCUGGAUUUUCCUCUGUGUGUUUGUACCUCUGCGAGGUUUGUUUUGGUCCCCUGACAACCGAAGUGUCUAGUCCCACAGAAAUGAUGAUGAUGAUGAAGAAGGAACACAAGGACGCAGAGCUGGAUAAAAAGAUCGAGGCCUUACGGAAGAAAAAUGAAGCACUUAUGAAACGCUACCAGGAAGUGGAGGAGGAUAAAAAGCGGGCGGAGCAGGAAGGGAUGUCACUCCACAGCAGGAAGGGAAAGACUGAUGAUCUGACCAUCACCAUCAACAAGUCCUCCAACGAUCAGCGUGUGGUGGCCAAGCGCUCGGGGCCCGGAGGACUGAGAGACGGAGAGCAGGAGAAGGAUCCGGGAUCGGGCGUCUUCAGCAUCGGGAGAGGAAAGAGACGGCAGCUGCUCGUCACAACGUCAGCAAACAUCAAGAGGGUGUUCGGUGAAAGAAAGGACAGAAACCGGCCCGUGAGUCCAGCGAGGUUGAAGUCCUGUGCUGAGGAAGAGCUGGAGUCCAACAACACACGAGGAAAACAGCGACCUCAGUCUGCAAAGAGAGUCACGGAGGACGACUCAGAAAAACCAGAUCAAUGGAGUCAAUAUGAGGACUCGUAUGUCGUCCCGGUCACAGAGGCCGUCGCUGACCUGAACCUCGUCACAUCCAAAGAAGAGCAGCUGGAGUACCUGCGGUGGAAGAAGGAGCGUGAGGAGAUCGACCGCGAGCGUGUGGCCCGACACAAGAACGCCAGAGGCCAGUGGAGGAGAGCCUGGGACAUGGAGAAAACCGAUCUGAUGUUCUCUGAAAAGGAACAUGGAGCAACAUCAAACAGAGGAGGUCGAAACACCAGAAGAGGAAAUAUGAGAGCGGAAGAAUCCAGAGUUCGACAGCAGGCGUCAGACAGGAAGAGGAAGUGUGUUCCAGUGGAGGGCAGUAAAGCGAAGGGUAAAGACCGUCUGACGGGUCGAGCGAGGAGGUGGGAUGCUAAAGAGCAGGAGGAGCAUUUGCAGGUGUAUCCAGAGAGCAGUUUGCAGGAGUUUUUAGAGGAACUCGACUGUCUUUGUGCUCCUGAGGUGGAGAACGUCAAUCCAGAGACUGACAUUGAAAACACAAAGCCACGUGCAUCUGAAGACUCAUUCAAAACGACCGGAGUCAAGACCCCCGACGGGACGGCAGAGCAGAAUGGACGUGUUGCUACAGAAUCCGCUCUCAAGGCCACCGAGAAAAAGGUCCGGUUUUCUGAAAACCACGACAGGAAUGGCACAGAAAAAACUUCACAGGUCAAGAACGGCCCUGUAGAAGAAGACAGCCGAACACUGGAGCGAGACGACAGCGAAUGUAUCCCGGAGGAGACAAAACCGGCCUCUCCGGAGCGGGAAAACCCCGUGGAGAAACUGAAUCCGCUCACUGAAGGAAGUGCAACUGAAGCCGGCGAAGCGUCGCAUCCCAAAGCCGGAGAUGUUCGUAUAUCGGCAGAACCGGACGAGAACCAACCUGUCGAACACAGCAAGAGCUGCUCAAACCGAGGGAACGGUACGAGAACAUCAGUUACGGGUUCAAUAGAGAGCAGCGGUUGGGUUACAGAAGUAUAAACUCUAUUCAUUUUCUCCAUAGGGGAAGUGAGAUUUAGCUUAUAAACUGUUAAAGACAGAAUUACUGAGCUCCGAGCUUGUUAAACAAUGGUAUGCUGUUGUCAGACUGCAUUAUUUCAACUUAUUUUUACAAUAAUUGUCUUUAAAAUUUGAAUUUGUGGUGAA